AUGGCUGAAAAGGAUCUUGACCAAAUAAAAGCACAGAUCCAAGAUUACUUGAUUUCUUCUGGAAACUAUGAGAUCAUAAAUAAGCAGCUCAAGCUUCAAUUAUACGAAUCUGGAUGGUUUGAUCAAGUAACGCAGCUCGCGAGUAAAGAGCUCCAAGAAAAUGGGAAGGAAAUGACAUUUGAAGAGCUUUUUGCGUUUGUGCGACCAAAGGCGGAGAAGUUUGUGCCAGAGCAGGUCAAAUCGGACAUAUUAGAGAAGAUUCAGGAUUACCUUGAGGAUGUGGUGCAGUAG